AUGUCUACCGACGAGAAGGCCGAGCAUACCUCCGCCGCAGUCACUGCGCUGCGUGCUCCCGAGAACGUGGAGCUCGUUGAGGCCCCCGUCACCUGGAAGGCCUACCUCAUGUGCGCCUUCGCCUCCUUUGGUGGUAUCUUCUUCGGUUACGACUCCGGUUACAUCAACGGAGUCAACGGCUCCAAGAUCUUCAUCGAGGCCGUCGAGGGCAUGGGUGCCACCGAGCUGAGUGAGAACAACCUGACUCUCAUCACCUCCAUCCUCUCUGCCGGUACCUUCUUCGGUGCCAUCGCCGCUGGUGAUGUCUCUGACUGGAUCGGCCGUAAGUGGACUGUCAUCAUCGGCUGUCUGAUCUACAUGUUCGGUGUUGUCAUCCAGAUGAUCACCAGCCCCGAUCACGCUCUCGGUCCCAUUGUUGCCGGUCGUCUCAUCGCCGGUGUUGGUGUCGGUUUCGAGUCUGCCAUUGUCAUCCUGUACAUGUCUGAGAUCUGCCCCCGCAAGGUCCGUGGUGCCCUCGUCGCCGGUUACCAAUUCUGCAUCACCAUCGGUAUCAUGCUUGCUUCCUGCAUCGUCUAUGCCACCAAGGAGCGCACCGACACCGGUGCCUACCGCAUCCCCAUCGCCAUCCAGUUCCCCUGGGCUCUGAUCCUUGCUGGUGGUCUUCUGCUGCUUCCCGACUCUCCUCGAUACUUCGUCAAGAAGGGCAAGCUCCAAGAAGCCAUUGACGCUCUGUCCCGUGUCCGCGGCCAGCCCACCGACUCCGUCUAUGUCCAGACCGAACUCGCCGAGAUCGUCGCCAACGAGGAAUACGAGCGUGCGCUCAUCCCUGAUACUACCUGGUUCGGUAGCUGGGCCAACUGCUUCAAGGGUAGCCUCUGGGACGCCAAGUCCAACCUCCGCCGUACUAUCCUCGGUACUUCUCUUCAGAUGAUGCAGCAAUGGACCGGUGUCAACUUCAUCUUCUACUACUCUACCCCCUUCCUCGAGUCCACUGGUGCCAUCGAGAACUCCUUCCUUAUGUCCAUGAUCUUCACCAUCAUCAACGUCUUCUCUACUCCUCUCUCCUUCUGGACCGUUGAGCGAUUCGGUCGCCGCACAAUCUUGAUCAUUGGUGCCUUCGGCAUGCUUGUCUGCCAGUUCAUCGUCGCUGGCGUGGGCAUGUCCGUCGGUUUCAACAAGACUCACCCCGACCCCAGUGACCCAGAAGGCAAGAAGAUGCUGGCUGACAACGUCUCCGCCGUCAACGCCCAGAUCGCCUUCAUCGCCAUCUUCAUCUUCUUCUUCGCCUCCACCUGGGGCCCCGGUGCCUGGAUCGUCAUUGGCGAGAUCUUCCCUCUGCCCAUCCGAUCCCGCGGUGUCGCCCUCUCCACCGCCUCCAACUGGCUCUGGAACACCAUCAUCGCCAUCAUCACCCCCUACAUGGUCCACACCAACAAGGGCAACAUGAAGUCCUCCGUGUUCCUCGUCUGGGGCGCCCUCUGCACCAGCGCCUUCGUCUACUCGUACUUCCUGAUCCCCGAGACCAAGGGACUCACCCUCGAGCAGGUCGACAAGAUGAUGGAGGAGACCACCCCCCGCACAUCCGCCAAGUGGAAGCCCACCACAACCUUCGCCUCCCAGGCCGGAACCAAGGAUGGUUACCUCGACCCCGCUAUCGUCGAGGAGGCCGAGCGACGUGGCUCCAAGGUUUAA